GAUUGUACCUCAAAAUUCUCAUCAAUGGAUACAUCUCUCUCUUUCUCUAGACUCCUCUCUUCUUCCACCACCACAUCACUCUUAUCUCCCAAAACCAAAACCCUCUCUUCCAAUUUUACCCUCCCCCUCAAACUCAACCGUUUCAAAACAAAAACCUCUCCGAUUUUCCACUUCAUCCAAAAUCUCCGCCACCAUCUCCGUCGGCGACAAACUUCCCGAAUCCACCUUCUCAUACCUCGACCCCGCCGGCGAAGUCCAAACCAUAACAGUUUCCGACCUAACAAAAGGCAAAAAAGCCGUUCUCUUCGCCGUUCCAGGAGCUUUCACACCAACAUGCUCACAGAAACACUGCCAGCUUAUCAUGUGCGAUUGUUCCAGCUUAAUAGGGUGUUUUAGAUUCGUUUUUCAAAAGCUUUGCGCGCGUAAAUUGAUUCUGAUUAUGGGAAUACUAUGCGGCUUUGUUUCUAGCAAUUGGGCUGAAUCAGUCAUCCAAUUCGAUUUCGAAAUGGCAACCCAAUUUGACAUGUUGUGCGAUGUUCUUCCUGGGCAUAAUUCAUGGAAGUUCAAAGUUCGUGUCCUCCGUAUGUGGGCAAUUUCUUCUUUUAUGAAGCCUAAUGAGUUGAACUCUAUGGAAAUGGUGCUGAUAGAUGAGAAGGGAGGUAAGAUUCAUGCCUUGAUAAGGAAAGAAUUGGUUUACCUAUUCCAGAAUAAAUUAAAGGAAGGGGAAGUUUAUAAGCUAUCAAACUUUGAUGUUGUUCCAGUCGUUGGAUUUUAUCGUACAACUCUGCAUCCUUACAAAUUGAUUUUUCGAUCGAAUACCAAAGUUCAGAAUUUUGCGAGUUCUGAUAUUCCUAUUUUGGGAUUUUCUUUCACCGAUCUUGCUGAAGUGGCUAGCUACUCUGUUAACUAUGAUUACCUAAUAGAUGUCAUUGGUUUAAUCUCUGGUAUAUCAAAUGAGAGGGAGUAUAUUCGUGCUGGCAAAGUCAUCAAGAUGGUUGUGCUUGAACUUACAGACAAUAGUGGUAAAUGUGAAUGCGCGUUGUUUGGUGAUCAUGUUGAUGAGUUGCAAAGAUUAAUUGGUAAUUGUCCUUCCGGUCUCCACGUUGUUGCACUACAGUUUGCCAAAGUUAAAAUAUUUAGAGGGAAAGUUUCCAUUCAAGAUGUUAUGAAUACCACAAGGAUUUUUCUUGACCCUGAGAUUAAAGAGACAUCCGAGUUAAGAAAGGGAUAAUAAUUGUAUCAUUACUUUGUGAUCAAAUAUUCAAAUGUGCUAAAGUGAUUCAAAAAGAAGCUAAAGGAUUAAGAAUAUAUUGGUCAUCAUAUCUACGAUCAUGUGCAAGACCUCCAUUCAAGAUAAAUAUAUAUUAUGAAAUACUUUGUUUGUGAUAAAUCUCAUGUCUCUGAUGUGUUUUAUCGACAAAGUUAUUGAACCUGAUUUAUUGUCAUUAUGUUUGAUAACUUAUCAUUAGCUUCAAUGAUUUGAAAGUUUAUUUAUUUAUGCUCAUGCAACAUGUGUCUGUAGUACGGACUUUGAAUAUAAAU